CGGGAGGCGGGCACAAUAGGGCGCAAAACGCACGGGAGCUAUCGCGAGAACCUUACGUACUACGCCUCCCAGAAUCCUCUAAGCGGCAGGAUGCGUGAUCUUUCGCCGCUAUGCGAGAAAGGUCUCUGGGGCGCGUAUUUCCGGAAUUCGCCGCGGGGCCGACGGGAGUUGUGGUCCCAUAUUCGCUGGAGGCGACAGUGGACUUCCGGGCCAGGCGGCGGCCUCUGGGGGUCGUAGUCCGGCACGCGGGGCCCGCCGGGAACUGUAGUCCCUCCCGUCCGCCCCGUCAGCGCCGCGCUUCCCGCCCGGCACUCGGAGCGCCGAGCCACCGCCCAGGGGGAUGCGGGAGCCCCUGGCUCGGGGGAGCGGAACGGCAGGCGGGGUUGGCCCCAGACUCCCGGCUGAACCCCCAUCGCAGCCUCCUGGGCACGGGCAACUAUGACGUCAACGUGAUCAUGGCGGCGCUGCAGGGGCUGGGCCUGGCGGCCGUGUGGUGGGACCGGAGGAGGCCCCUGUCCCAGCUGGUCCUGCCCCAGGUGCUGGGGCUGAUCCUGAACCUGCCCUCGCCCGUGUCUCUGGGACUGCUGUCCCUGCCCCUGCGCCGGCGGCACUGGGUGGCACUGCGCCAGGUGGACGGCGUCUACUACAACCUGGACUCCAAGCUGCGGGCGCCUCAGGCCCUCGGGGGUGAAGACGGCGUCAGGGCCUUCCUGGCGGCUGUGCUGGCGCAGGGCCCGUGUGAGGUGCUGCUGGUGGUGACGAAGGAGGUGGAGGGAAAGGGCUCCUGGCUGCGGACAGACUGACCCCCAGAGGAGGGAAGCACGGCCACCCGGGCUCGUCGGCCCCCUGCAGGCCUGGGGUUCCCUGCACGACCCUGUCCGGCUCCCGGGUGCCAGGGAAGGGCCGGGUCCCACACUGCGGGGGCUCCUCGGGGGCCCCAACCCGCCCCCACCGCUGCCUCAAUAAACCUUCUGGCUGCCCCCACCUGCCUGCGUCUGACUGGGCCGCGGACCCUUGCGCUCAGGUCUCCCAUUUACCAGAGAGACUGUGGUGGGUGACGCCGUCCCGGUCAGCUCUGCCACUUCCCAGCGGGCGACUCCUGCACCUCACCCACCUCUCAGGGCCUCAGUUUCCUCGUCUGUAAAAUGGGGCCGGUUGGCACCUGCAGAGCUCAGGCUGGGCCCAGCCAUCCAGGGCAGGCUUUCCUGUGCCAGGCGUGGCUCCGAUGGGAGCCAGACCGGGAACAGAGAGGUGCAAUCACCGUCUUUGGGGCGAUCGGCGCUGAGGAGGGACCAAGGGGGGCGGGAGGCAGGAAAACAGCCCCAAGACUCUGCGCCGCAGUCCCCAGCACCCCAUUCCUGCCACGGCCAAGGAGCCGAGGCUGCCGGUGGAGUUCCGGCGGCUAAUCCAAUGACUUUAAAGUAGGGGGAUGAUCCUGGAUUAUCCGGUGGGUCCUUGAGAAUGGGACGGGCCCUGAAUGGCCAGUGAUCUUGAAAAAGAGCAAAGUUAGAAGUCACACUCUUCCCAACUUUGAAACUUUACAACAAAGCUCCGGUAAUGAAGACAGCAUGGUGCCAGCCUGCGGACAGACAGGUGGACAAGUGGAAGAGAACUGUGAGCCCAGAGGCAAGCCCCAUAUGGCCGGUAGGGACAGUGGAGGCAAUGAACCCCUAUUUCACACCGUUUACAAAAAUUAACUCAAAACUGGAUCAAAUGUAAAUACAAAUGGAUGUAAUAUAGGUCAAAUAUAAAUAUAUACUGGAUCAAAUAUAAAUGGAUCUAAAUAUAAGAGCUAACACCAAAAAAGUUUUAGAAGACAGGAAGACAUCUUCAUGGCCUUGGACUUGGCAAUCCAAAAUCACGAUCAACAAAGAAAUUCAGGUAAAAUGGACUUUGUCAAAACUGAAAACUUUUGUGCCUCAGGGGAUGUUGUCAAGAAAGUGAAAAGACGACCUACAGAAGGCGAGAGAAGAGUUGUAAAUCAUGUAUCUGGUAAGUGUUUAAUACCCAGGAUAUAUCAAAAAAAAAAACAAAAAAAAAACCUACAACUUAACAAUGAUAAAACAAACAAUCCAAUUAAACAGCAGGCAAAGGACU